CUGAGCGCGUGCAUCGAGGAGAUCGAGCGGGAGAUCAUCAAGCAGGAGGAGAACGUGGACCCGGACUACUGGGAGAAGCUGCUGCGGCAUCACUACGAGCAGCAGCAGGAGGACCUGGCCAGCAAGCUGGGCAAGGGAAAGAGGAACCGCAAGCCCGUCAACUACAACGACGCGGCCCAGGAGGACCAAGAGUGGCAUGCUGACAUUUCAGAUAACCAGUCCGAGUACUCCGUGGGCUCCGAGGAGGAGGACGAAGACUUUGAUGAUCGGCCAGAAGGUAAGAGGCGAGAUAAUGUAUAG